AAAGGUUGCUGACCCCCGGUGUAGAGUGAGGUCUGAUUUAAGCUUGGGAUACCAGACAUGCUUGUUUAUUCAUUUAAAGUAUUUGUACCCAACUCAAGCACAUUAAAACACAUUGUAAAGGCUUUGUAGUAAGUUCUGCUUCUAGCUGAAAUUCAACGAGAACUAUGCUAGAGAAUUCUGGAAGAUGAUUAAUACAGAAUUAAAAGAGAUCCUUAAGAUCACAUUUUCCAAAAGACCUGAGGCCUUUCUAUUAGGAUAUCCUGAAAAAGGCACUCAAUCUCUUUUUAAAUGCAACCAGCACAGCUAAAGUGGUAUAUGCGAAGAAAUGGAAAGAAAAAAAGAUUCCCACGAAAGAAAUAUGGCAGAAUAAAUUGAUGGAAUACACAGAAUUAGUAACUAUGAACACAAAACUAAGAAAUAAGGAUGAGUCACGGAUAAGAGAUGAGUGGAAGUGUUUUGAAAAGUAUCUCAGAGGGUAUAAUAGUCAGUUUAACCUACAAGUAGGAAUGAACAUAAGAGCAGCAGAUAACAUUAAAUAAAGGAAGAUUUGUGACAAAAAUGGGUGGAAUAAUAGAUUAUGCAGGUGACAAAAGACUACCUAGAUCGCCAUGGAGAGUUAGACUGGGAAGUCCAAGGAUAAAAAAUGAUGAUGAUUAUUUUAUGGUCUAUAUAUAAGUUGUAAAAAUGCAUAAACAAAGAGAAAGAAAGAAAGAGAGAGAGAGAGAGAGAGAGAGAGAGAGAGAGAGAGAAAGAUUCAAUGGGCUCACACAAGAGUGAACCUUUCUGUGGCCACAUGGAGUCUGGGGAAUUGUCUGCCCAAGGAGACCCUUCUGGUGUUUCCUCUGAUAAUUUUUUGCCAUUGCUUUAAGACAGAUCAAUUCCAGCUGACAUUUGUUUAAUUGGAGGAUUUUUAUUUCCUUAAAUAUUUUAACUGCUGCUGUCUUGUUUUCAUAUUGUUCUCAACUGACCAGCUUAACUUGGUUACAUUGAUGUUGCUUUUAUAUUUUGCUUUUAGCCUCAUUGGGCAUUCUUAGAUAGAAAGUCUGAGUAGAAAUUUACUUAAAUGAAAGUGGCAUGUGGGCUUGGGUUAGGGAAGGGAGGUGAAUUACAUUCGCAGCCCCCUAUUCCCUGAUUCCUUCAGGAUUUAGCCGAAUCAUCUCCUUCCUCUUCAGCCUUCUAAAAGCAAUAGGGGAAGAUGCUGUGAAGCAGGCAUUCUGCUGGUGUGGACUCGCCGAUGGAAAUCCAGCUGGUUAGAGUGAAAGAAGAGGCAACUCCAGGAUUGCCCCCCGUCUGCCCGCUGUGCCAGGAGGAGCUGCCGAGUCUUGCUGGGCCCAAAGGGCAGGCUCCACAAUGCCAGGGCUGCAAAAGCCUCUUGGUCGAGCCCCGGGGAUGGUUGCCUGGCAACCAAGAGGCCCUGUCCUUCCUUGCCGAGAGGCCUUACAGCUGCUCCUUCUGCCCCAAGCGCUUCAAGAGGGCCUCAGACCGACGCGACCAUGAGCGGGUGCAUACAGGCGAAAGGCCGUAUGGCUGUGGCAUCUGUGGCAAGCGUUUUACUCAGAGCUCAGUGCUCUCUGGCCACAUGCGCAUUCAUACUGGUGAGCGGCCCUUCCGCUGCGGCGUCUGCUUUAAGUCGUUCAACAACGGCUCCAACUUCCGCAAGCACCAGCGCAUCCACGGGCAACCGUUUGGCUACGGCGACAAGGCAGGCGACGGGAAGGACUGUGCCUUCCUACCUGAGAAUAAGUUGAGCCAGCUGGUGGAAAGACAAGGUGGCUACAGUAUAAGCCCCGGUCUGCUGCCCAGACAAAAUGGCUGCCAGGUCGUCAAAGAACUGAGGGAAGGCGAGAACAAGAGAGGCCAUGACCCAAACAGCCCUUAUGUGAACGGCUUUUGCCAGGAUAGUGGCCUGAGGCAACCUGGUGAUGAUGUGGACCAUUUCAAGCAAAGUAGACUAAGGGGAGAUAAUGCUAGUUGUGGCCCUAACCGUGAACUGAGGCAAAGUAGCCAUUCUAAGGGUCUACGGCAGGCAAGUGAUAGCAAAGGUGGACUGGGGGGAAAUGGUGGCACUGGCCAGGGACCGAUGCAAAAUGGCCACAGUUUCAGACGCCAAAAGUAUGUUGGUGGUGAAAAUCCCACUAUAGGCCUGAGGCAAAAUAGAGCAGAGGGAAGUCACACUCAGGGAGAACAGAAGCAUCAUGUCAGCAGCCACAAUGGCAAGCUACAGUUAGACGACGGCAUUUGUGGGAAAGGCCUUUUGGAAGCUGGUAGCCACAAGCUGAGUCAAGAGAGUGGAGUUGUGGGCUGUUUAGUAAGGAGAACAAACGACGACUACCUCAAGGGCCCAAAGCAUAGUAGUGGGGAGAGCAUUGGUGCCCACGUAAAGCAGAAUGGCAGAGGGGAAUGCCCUGUCAGUGCACUGAAUCCAAGCAGGCGCCUCAGCACCUCAGUGUCAAGACAAAAUGGCCACCAUGGAAUCGCUGCCCAUGACCUCAGACAAAAUGGUGCUGGCCACUUCAGAUUGCUGAGGCAAGAUGGCAGCAGCAACAAGCAGAAAGAGGUGGCAUUUCAAGCGUGUGCCCCGGGGAAGAUUAAUGCUCUCACAGCAAAAGUGUCUGUCUGGUCCUGUCCUGAUUGGGAAGAGACCGAUUUGGAGACAAGAAGCGAAAGGGGGGAAUUUGAAGGAUGCUCUCCCUUGGACAUGCCUGCUGGUGUAUCUCCCUGGGAACUGGAGAGCCCUGAGCCAUGUUCUCUGCCUUACGAUAUUUCCACAUCUCCUGGUCAUGGCUCCUUACAAGAGGAGUUUAGAAGCACCGCUCAGCACUGGGAAGAGGGGGGCUCUGCACCUUGCUUUCCUUUCCAAGAUCCCGAGCCUUAUGAUCAGCCCUCUCAGUCAGCAUUCGAUUCCAAGCCUUUCCUCUGCUUUGCAUGCCCCAAGCAGUUCCGUCGUGCCACAGAUCUGAAGGAGCACCUGCGGGUGCACACGGGUGAACGGCCCUUUGGGUGUGCUGUCUGUGGCAAGAGGUUCACGCAGAGCUCAGCCCUGGCCACUCACCGGAGACUGCACACUGGGGAGAAGCCCUUUGAAUGUGCCGUGUGCUGCCGGCGCUUCAAUAACUCUUCCAAUUUUGCCAAGCAUCGCCGGCUUCAUGGGCAGGAGGGUGCUGGGCCUGGUGGUAAAGUGGUGGCGAAAGACCAAUGGAGUGCCAAGUCACAGUGACUCUUGAGGAGGAAGUUCUCCAUGGGGAGAUGGCACACUGUAGCUGUUGGCAGAGCUGCGUGUACUUCUGCACCGUUGCAACAGUAGAUGCUGAUUUCAGUGUCUUUGAGAAUCUCAUUUUUAACUUUGUAGAAAACAGCAAGCUUCUAGCCGAGGCUUCCUCAGCCUCAGCCCUUCAGAUGUUUUUGGCUUACAACUCCCAUGAUCCUUAGCUAGCAGGCCCAGUGGUCAGGGAUGAUGGGAACUGUAGUCUCAAAACAUCUGGAGGGCUGAGGUUGAGGAAGCCUGUUCUAGACCCACAGGUGUGUUUUGGAUAGAAUGCCAAACGAUGGUUCUAUGUUUCAUGAGCAAGCCUUGGGUGUGGGCUACUUACCCCCUCUUAUUGUUCUUUCUGGUUCUUUGCAAAUAAGAGAUUUUCUGCAAACUAGACCUAGAGAUUAGAAUCAAACCAUGGUUUCUAAUUCUGGCUUGCAAGUAAAAUAUGGGUGAUUUAAUCAAAGUUAACAAAGUACAGGAGGAAAUUGGAGCAAGGGGGCGGGGAGGGAGCAGUCGGUAGUGCAGUUACUCAAGAAAGGGUAUUUUAUGCAGCAACACUAUGUGGAACUCUCCCCCAUGGGAUAUUUGUUUGGUCCCUACAGGAGAAAUCUUUUAACAUAAAUUGAAAACACUUUUAUUUACCCAGGCUUUGGGGUCAAACUUGAGUUUUGCAAUUCUCAAGGUAGUAUGCUGCUGCCGCUGCCAACAAUAUUUGUUUUAUUUGUAGCUUUAGGCCACCCUGUGCUCCUAUUGGGUGAGGUACAACAAUGAUGUAUUAAUAAGUCUAAAGGCUCGAUUAUGUAACGUGUGGUUUGGCAUUCCAUCUAAAUGUAGUCAUAGGCUUGAGGGCUAGGAUCUUGCAGCUCUUUUUGUUUGUUUGUUUGCAAUUACCUGUGAACCAAAUCUUACUACUUUUCUUGGUUUGGGCAUUACAUCUGAACCAAACUAAUGAAGAGAGAGGCCUAAAGUGCAUUGCUAAUGGUCGGUAACAUUUCUGAAAUUGGGGCAAGGAGUUGCUGAGCACUUCUAGAAACCAGCGCCUUCUACAGGUGUCUGCCCCUUCCCACUGCUAGCAGAAGAAAAAUGGUGUUAAGCAAGUUAUCGUUUACUUAAUUUGUGUAACUGUACACAAUUGCUAGAGUGCAGAUGGUUUGGGCUGCAAUCCUAUAUCAGUUUUCUUGGAAGAAAGCCCAAUGAACUCAUUAGACUUACUUCUGAGUAGACAUAGGAUUGUACUAAUAGAUACCAACACUAGGUAUACUGAUGCAGUAUUGAGUUGUUGUUGCUUUUUUAAAAAAGCAGAUGCAUGGUCCUGCUCAUAGCGAUCAUAACCCACAAUUUCUAAUGUGUGUUUUUACCCUCAGGAGGGCAAAUCUGAAAUGAUUUUUUAAAAUGCAUUUGAAAAGAGCUAUAAGUAAAUAAAGAGGAUGAAAAUCAAGAUUUGUUCAUGUUACAACAAGUUGGGGAAAAGGUCUUUAGAAGAAAGGUCCCCCAGUCUUGUAAAAGUUGUAAGCAGAAAUCCAAAGGUAGAAAUAAAAUAUUCUGAAAAGUUGUA